CCGAGAUCUUCGAUAUAAAUCGCAACUUGCGAUUGUCUUCUUUCUGUUCCUUGGCGAGGCAUUCACGACGAAUGUCUACUCAUCUACCAAUAUCUGCAAGGACAGUCAUUCGAGCUUUAUGCUUUGACAUAUUUUCAACGCCAUUGAAACAAGCUUAUUGCACCUAGUCAACAUUUUGGAGGACUUUUAUUACAUUUACGAAUCAGGUGAUUCGGAUUUUCAAUGAGCCAACCUCAACGGGGACCGCCAGGCUUUGGUGGUGGUCCCGGCGGACAGGGCUAUGGGGGACCAGGAUCUGUUCGGCGGGCGAGGGAGAUGCUAGAGAGUGGAAUGAUUAGAGAAGCUCGAAUACAGGCAGUCGAGCCGGAAGGAGAGCAAGGAAAUUGGGGGAUCACAAGAGGAAACUCGAAGCGCAAUAUCGUCGCCGCCCUUCGAGGUAAUCAGAAGCCGUCACUUACGAUAUCAAAACCAACGCCAAUUCCGCAAUGGCCGCUCCGAGAUGAGGCGGAUUCGCAGCAGGGAGCGGCAAAUUUCUCAGGAAGUGCGUUCACAUCCAAGGGACCGCCGCCUCAACGACCGCGACGGCCGAGCGACGUACCGUCUCUGCUCGAUUCUUCUAAAGUUCAGGGAACUACGCCAAAUUUUGCCUACCGCGAACCCCAAGCCAUUCGUUCUCCCCAGUAUGACAGCCGUGGUCAAGAAUUGGAAGUGGAGCCCAUGGAGGCCUACCUCAGUCCUCCCAGUACUGGCAAGACCCCCCGUGUAUCUGCCGAGUCUGAUACGUUAGGGGCUCUUCCACCAGUCGGUCCGAUUCCUGACUUUCCUCUCCCCGGAAUGAAAUUGCCUCCUGCGCCUUCUCAGCGGCUCGAAGAGUCGUUGUCAGAACGGUCACUACGGGGUCCAUCCUUUCCAUUCUCCACAACAUCUUAUAUCUCAACAAUCCCGGAGGAAUCAGAGGCCUCCACGAGGAACGCAAAUUCUUUUGCUUCUAGCAUGGCCAUCCCACCUAGUUGGGGCUCUGAGCGUCCUGAGUCAGACGUUCUGGGAGUGACUUCACCUGCAUCAACAGCAACAGAUUCGCUUGACUUGAGGACCCCCACGUCCAACAUUGAAGGAGAAUCCGGACUGGUACGCCAGGCAAGUAUUGGCAAGAGAGGAAAGCCCUUCUUGCGUACAAUAAAUCGAUCCGGAAGCGGUGAAUCUAUGCCACAGGUCAGACAGACCGGCAUUGCUCUCGGAAGUCCUUCUGUGGAUGGCAGCCCGGCUAUCACACCUGGUGCCAGAGUCUCGUAUGCACGUCCUAGUCCAGGUGUUCAGAUCGCCCAGCCUGACACACCCGGCGAUACGCGGCUAGACCUGGAUUCUUCAGAUACCGCCAGCUCUGGUGACAACAGAUUUCCAUAUUCGCCUUCAGAUGCGGAUGCUCCAGGGGUCAGGGCUAUCAGCCCCGCUGAUAUGUCUUCAUAUUCGCGCUCGGGCCUGGGUGUCCCAGACGUCUCUAGAUAUCCAUCAGACGUAUCUGGAUUUGAUGCGCCCUUCAUGCUAGAUCAGUCGCGGCGGACAUUGUCUGCAUCCAUUCGCAGACCGGACGCUACCAGAGACGCAGAUAUGGCCGAUAUGCGAAGCCCUGGAGAAGGAAUGAGUUCGAAGAGGCCGGAGGUCCGUAGGCCACCUCGCCUCAAUAUCAACGCUGUGCGAGACGCGGAAGCACGAGGGAGUUUGACUAGUCUGCCUGAUCUCAUCAGACGUGCCACUAGGGUCGCAUCGAAUCUCGAGCGCGGAAAGACGGCAAGUAGGCUGGGAAUAAUGGACUUCCUAAAUAAUAGCCAGGAGAAGUUUGACAUUACCCGUUCUCCAGCAGCAGCUAGCGAUCGCCGUGCAUCAGAAGCCAUCUCCGGUAUCCUAUCUGCUUUUCCUCCCCCAGGAAUCACGCCGAAAGCUACACCGAGAUUUACAGAGGGGGCCACACCGAAUGCAACCCAGCGCAGCUCCUGGCCACUUCCUCAAACCAUGUCCGACUCGCGGAAUAUUCAGACGAGUGGUUCUGAUCAGGGGUUGACUGGACAGGACUCUGCUUCGAAAAAGCGACGCUGCUGUGGGAUUUCUCGUCGGGUCUUUCUGGUCAUCAGUGUUGUCGUGUUCUUGCUGAUUGCGGCUGCCGUUGUUAUCCCAGUCGUCGUUGUACUUACUCGCCAGAAGGAUACGACUCAGCCAGCCCCUACGGUAACACCGACUACGACUCCUGCUCCGCAGACUUUCGAGUGCUCCAAUGGAGGUGUCACCAUUCAUAACGGUGGGAACUUCAGUUGUGUUUGCGCCAAUGGGUUUACUGGCACACAUUGUACAGUCGCUGGGGACGGCAGCUGUAUCACCGCGGCAGUGGGAGGCUCACAGAAAGCUACACUAGGUAGUGACCUACCGCGGCUUCUCCGGCAAUCAGAAUCCAAUUUCAGCAUUCCUCUUGAUAGCACGCGGAUCCUGAGCUUGUUCAGCUCGAACAAUGUUUCUUGUACAACUGAAAACGCUCUGGUGACGUUUGGCAUGUCUAGCCAGAAACGCCGAUCAUUCGACAGCCAACUGGAAGAAUCAGUCUUUCUGCGCCCGAGGACCAACUCUCCUGAUUCUCCAAGUUCAGACGUUGGCGAUAUAAUGGUGGAUCCGAGUGCAAAGCCGAGCAAGUCGGAAACCGACACGGCAGCUACAUCAACGACAAGCGCUGCACCGGGAACGACCACAUUACCCGCGGCCCAGAUCCAGCAUAUUCUCGAUUUCUCUCGGAUUGCCAUCCUGUAUAUCUUCGAGACGACUACCACGAUAGGCGCGGCCAUUGAGGCCCAGGAGGAUAUCCAGGCGUUCCUGACUGGCAUGCCCACUUCAAACAAUACCAUGGGCCUUGACGGGGCAAAAAUGGCGCCGGGUUUCGUUUUAGAUUUUGAGAAAUUUACGAUCACGCUGGCGAACGGGACAGUGGUUGGUGGUGGCACGGGGACUGACACGGGGGGUAAUAGUUAAAAAGAGAGCACUCCCGACUUGACUGCUUUCUGCUAAAGUCUAAUAUCGAUGCAUAUAUAAUGCGACAAGAGAUUCUUGUUAUUCCUUUGGCCUGUUUGUGACUAUUCUACGUUG